AUGGACAACACUCGAUAUCAUCGACAUCCACUUCCACCUGGACAAGGACCACCUGCUUCCCAAGUAGAUCCAGAUGAUGUCGUUCCACCUGCAGCUUCACAACCUGAACCACCUCUUUCUCAAAUCCAGACUACCACGCUUGAACGUCCAUCAGAAUGCGUCAACAAGUAUCCCACGCCGCAUUUCUCUUUAUUAUGUACAAUGAUGGAUAGACUGAGAACUGAAGAAGCAAGUAAAAGGAAGGACAUCUUGAGUAGAUUUAUGGAAUUAUGGAGAAUCAAAGUUGGGAAUGAUCUAUAUCCCUUGAUUAGGUUACUACUUCCUGAUAGAGAUAGAGAAAGACCUGUGUAUAACUUGAAAGAAGCUAUGUUGGCGAAAUGUUAUAUUGAAGUUUUAGGCUUAGAUAGGCAUAGCGAUGCAGCUAUGAGGUUGAUCAAAUGGAAGCAACCAAUAGAUGGACAGGCCGACUCUCAUUCAGGUGAUUUCGCUAGAGUUUGUUACUACGAGAUAGCAGCUAGAUCAACUGUUGAGCAAGGUCAAUUAUCAAUUGAUGCUGUUAACACUCUACUCGAUCAAAUGGCUCAAGGCAGGUUGAAACAACAAGAAUACGUUCCGAUAUUGAGAAAGAUAAAUCAACAAUGUACAGCAGCUGAGCAAGAAUGGAUCAUUCGAAUCAUAUUGAAGGAUCUAAGAAUAUCAAUAAGAGAAAAAGGUGUUUUCGCAUGUUUUCAUCCUGAUGCAGGAGAUCUAUUCAACGUAUGUUCUGAUCUGAAAAGAGUAUGUUGGACAUUGUAUAAACCUGGUCAAAGAUUGGAGAAACAUCAAACGAAUAUUGAGCUUUUCAGAUCGUUUCUCCCACAAUUAUGUUAUCGAUCCCCUUCUUCGUCCCAUGAAGCCAUAGCCAAAUUGGUCGGUGGUCCUAAUACCGAGUUCAUUAUGGAGGAAAAAUUAGAUGGAGAGAGGAUGCAACUUCAUAUGAGAGGAAACGGGGCGCAAUGGUUUUACUGUUCGAGGAAAGCUAAAGACUACACGUAUCUAUACGGAGCCCACAUCGGAGAAGGUAGCUUAACACAACAUAUAUCCGGAGCUUUUCAAGAUGGUGUCAGAAACAUCAUUCUGGAUGGUGAAAUGCUAGUCUGGGAUCCUGUACUAGAGAAAUACCUAGCUUUCGGUACACUCAAAACGGCGGCUGGAGACCGAGUGAACGAUGAGAACGCACCAAGACCAUGUUUCAAGGUAUUCGAUAUCCUGUUCCUUAACGAUCGUUGUCUCUCGCACAAGCGUUUGUCGGAACGUAAACGUCUCAUGAGAUCGGAUCGCAUAUUCCGGAAUAUCAAUGAUUAUGUAGGUAGAAUAGAAUUCGCGGAGGAACAAAAGGGAAAAAACGGUAAAGAUAUAAGGGCUAUGCUGGAAAGAAUUCUGGAGACAAAGGGUGAAGGCUUGGUAGUCAAGAAGAGCGAUGCAAUAUAUCAAACGAAUUCAAGAGGAGCAGAUUGGAUCAAAGUGAAACCCGAAUAUUCCGAUCAAAUGGGAGAAAAUCUCGAUGUUCUUGUUCUUGGUGGGUGGUGGGGUAAAGGUGGAAGGACAGGAAAGAUUUCAAGUCUUCUUUGUGGGCUACGAAUUCAAAACGAGGAUGAUGGAUGCGGUAGAAAACCAGAGUUCACUACUUUCUGUUCUGUCGGAUCCGGAAUGAGCUAUGAAGAUUAUGAGUGGAUCCUAAACAAACAUAAAGCACAUUGGAAGAACUUCGACCGAGCUAAGCCUCCACCUUGGAUGCAAACUGGUAUCAUGGGCUUAGACGAUAAGCCUGAUGUCUAUAUCGAGCCCGAGAACUCGUUCGUGGUGGAAGUCAAAGCUUCAGAAAUAGUACCCGGCGUUGGGAAUUGGGGUUGCGGAUAUACCCUUCGAUUCCCCAGAUGUAGAUAUAUCUACUUUGACAAAGCUAGUAGAGAUCAUCCGGCAGGUGAUGAUAGUCAAGAUAGGGACAUGUGGAAUUGUUUGAGUCUUGAUGAAUUCACGGCCCUUCUCAAUAAGCCCAGGAAGCGGUAUGCGGAUGCAGAAGGUGGCUCGUUCCGAAAGAGAAGAAAGGUUGUUACUAAAAAGAAAGUACAACUCAUGACUUCAACUCGAGGUCAAAAGCUUUCCGAUGACGAUAUAGAAAGCGCUAUCUUUGCUGAUCUGACUUUUUACAUACCAAAAGGCAAUCCAACGCAUUCUAAAGUAGAGCUUGAAGCUUUGGUCCACAGGCAUGGAGGGGAAUUCACACAAGCUCAAUUAUCAGAUUUAUCAGCAUUGGUUGUAUCCCCUGAUGAGAAGAGUCCAUUGGUGAGAGCUCAAAUCCGAAAAGGAGUGAGCAUUCUCAAGCCCGAAUGGAUCAUAGAGAGUAUAGAGAGAAGAAGACCACUACCAUUGAUCAAAACGCUUCUCGUAUUCGCAUCUGAUGAAGUUCAAGAAGAUCGUUACUAUGAUAAAACCUUAUCUGAGAUCGAUCAAAUCUCGUCCCGGGAUGGUGGUGAAUCAGGAGCGGCUUCAGCAGAGGAAGAAGAAGAAGAAGACGAAGGAGUGGAGGUGGAGUCUGCAGUAGAAGGAGAUUACGAUGAUGAGGAUGAAAUUGUAGAUAAACGCGAAGCCAACAAGACUUCUGAGCAAGUGAAAAUGGAGGAAGAAUGGGGAUUACAUAGAUCACCAUUACGCAACUCUUCGAUCAAUACGAGUGGACCUGCAAGUGUAGAAGAGGAUGAUACUGACGAUGAAAGAGUCGUUGAGAUCAAGGAGGAAGAAGAAGAUUAUGAUAGUCACAAUUCGACGCCUGAGCCACCUACUGAAAAUUUCCGUCUGUUACCUGUCAGAGGUGUUGAUACGACCGAGGAUGAAGGAAUGGGUGAGAAUGCAGAUGCCAUGAAUUACGAUGAAGAAAGCAUCUUCUUUCAUCUGGUGUUCUAUAUUGACACCCCUAAAAACGCGAUUAAGAAUGAGUUGAAAACUUCAUUGCCAUCGAAGGAGGUGUUUGCCAGGUUGUCCGAAGCAGAAAAGCUUCUUCGUGAAAAUGGUGGAAGGAUAGUGAAUGAUUUGCAAGAUAGGAAGUUGACUCAUAUCAUUAUGGAUGAUGAGGAUUCAGGAAGAUAUGCUGAAAUAAUUAAGAAGACCACAUUGCCGAAGAGGAAACAUAUUGUUCUUCCUAGUUGGGUGACUGAGUGUGUAGAUGAAGAAACGUUGAUGAAUGAAGAUGCUCAUAAACCUAAAUAA